ACAGGAUUUGAAUACUUCCUCCACAAAUGUAUUCUACCUCACUGUUUGUGCUUGUGUGCUACUGGGUGGAAAGCAGUACCUGAAGGCAACACCGGAUCACGUGACCACCUCCGUUAUUUCCUGCAGCAUCAAACCUCUCUCCGCUCCUCGCUCCUCGCUCCUGCCUGCGACAGCUCAGCAGCGGUGGUGGUGUGGUCGGUCUGAAGGCACGUAAACGGAAAGAAGAAGAAGGCCUCUGCUCACACCGACAACUGUUGCACUCACAGCGACGACGGAUAUAUACAAAAAAACACUUUUUUUCUUCUUCUUUUUUUUUUUUGCAUAUUAGUUUUCCAAUCUUAGCUGUUGUUUUUUAUUUUUUAUUUUUAUUUGAUAGCCGUGUAAGAGAAAAAUGGCGACAGCUGCGGUGUCUGGAACGGAGCUGGUCCGCGGACAGGCCUUCGACGUCGGGCCUCGGUACAGCAACCUCUCCUACAUCGGAGAGGGAGCCUACGGGAUGGUGUGCUCUGCCUCUGACCGGGACAACAAGAUCCGCGUGGCCAUCAAGAAGAUCAGCCCUUUCGAGCACCAGACGUACUGCCAGCGCACCCUGAGGGAGAUCAAGAUCCUGCUGCGCUUCAAACAUGAGAACAUCAUCAGCAUCAACGACAUCAUCCGCACGCCGACCAUUGACCUGAUGAAGGACGUAUACAUCGUCCAGGAUCUCAUGGAGACGGACCUGUACAAGCUCCUGAAGACUCAACACCUGAGCAACGACCACAUCUGCUACUUCCUGUACCAGAUCCUACGAGGGCUCAAGUACAUCCACUCUGCCAACGUGCUGCACCGCGACCUGAAGCCCUCCAACCUUCUGCUCAACACCACCUGUGAUCUCAAGAUCUGUGACUUUGGCUUGGCCCGUGUGGCUGAUCCGGACCACGAUCACACUGGGUUCCUAACGGAGUACGUAGCCACUCGCUGGUACCGAGCACCCGAGAUCAUGCUGAACUCCAAGGGUUAUACUAAGUCCAUAGACAUCUGGUCAGUGGGCUGCAUCCUGGCUGAGAUGUUGUCCAACAGGCCAAUCUUUCCCGGGAAGCACUACUUGGAUCAGCUCAACCACAUUUUGGGGAUCCUGGGUUCUCCCACUCAGGAGGAUCUCAACUGCAUCAUCAACAUUAAGGCCAGGAACUACCUUUUGUCGCUGCCUUUGCGCUGCAAAGUGCCGUGGAACCGCCUCUUCCCCAACGCUGAUCCCAAAGCUCUGGACCUGUUGGACAAGAUGUUGACCUUUAACCCUCACAAGAGGAUCGAGGUGGAGGAGGCCCUGGCGCACCCGUACCUGGAGCAGUACUACGACCCCACGGAUGAGCCUGUUGCCGAAGCUCCGUUCAAGUUUGACAUGGAGCUGGACGACCUCCCCAAAGAGACACUGAAGGAGCUCAUCUUCGAAGAAACUUCACGUUUCCAGACCGUUUAUAGGUCCUAACGCCUCACACAGAUGACUCCGUGGACCGGCUCCUGCGUCGCUCCUCCUCUCCUCCACUCUGUUGCUGUGAGAUUCUGUUUGGUUUGUUUUCUCCCUCUCCAGUCGUCCACAUCACCUGGAUUCCUUGGGUCUCACUCGUCAAGUCCACUUUGCUCAGGAAUGGCGUCAGGAAUCAAUCAAUCAAUCAAUCAAUCAAUCAAUCAGUCAAUCCUUUGUCUUUCCCUUCUCUCUUCUCUCACUUCCUCUCUUUUACAUCACAGCUUACAGUUUGGGGGUUGAUUUUUGUGUUUCAAGCCAAGAUAAAUAACUCUGUUUCGUGUGUCUUAAAGGCGUUCGGCUAUGGCUGCUCUUAUUCGAGACAUUUUGACGUCCAGUUGAACGGCCGUGAUGGACUCGCCGUCGUGCGUAUUACUCUGCCUACAUUGCACAAACAAACAACGGUAGACUACUUAAAUGAAUCGCCCGUCAUUCGAGUCUUUUGAAGUUUCUAACCUUUUGUCGCGCUGUUAAGAGGGAGACCUUUUUUUCUCUUAUCAAAAAAGGACAAACCUGAAUUAAAUCAACUGAUUUAUGCAAUGAAAUCACAUAAUCAGCCACAGACUUGUGGGCACAAAAGCCAUUUUCUUUUGAAGAGGAGCUAUAUUUUAACACAGAAGGCCCAAAUGCAAAUAUAUACAUAUAAAUAUAUACAUAGCCCAAAGAGUCGUAAGAUAUCUUAAUGACGAGACUGAUGAUAGACGGUGAAUCGGAUGAAUUUAUGAUCUUUUCUUCUUUUCUUUUCGUUAAACACAAAAACGUUGUCAUUUCUCAUCGGCUUCAGUAAGAUGUGUAUAAAUGCACCGAAUCACAAGUACGUUGAAAGAUCAAUUUCUGCCUUAGCCAUGAGAAACCUAAAGGAAAUGUCUGUUAUUUCAUACACGUCUGUUUGUACUGUGUGAUGUUUGUCACACGGGAGAAGAUUUACUGCGUCAGGACGAGACUUCAGUUCUCACUCGGAGCUCGUUUAUCGUCUGGAUGAAACGUUGUCGUGCCUCCUGUUUUCUUUUCAUUUCUUCUCUCUCUAUCUCUCUCUCGCCUUGUUAGAAUGAUACUGUGCCCUUUGCAUGACUGUUAUAAGCUCCGUAUACAAAGACGACGAUGUUAAGUGCCACACUAGCCGGGCAGAUCCGCCGCGAGAGCGCCCAGGCUCUUUCUGUUUCUACACUUCCCAGCCACAUGGUGCUUUUUGUCCCGUUUCUUUUGUUCUGCCUCAGCAUUUUCUUUGUCCGUUUUUUAUGUAAUUUCCAUUUACAGUCGUUCCUCGUUAUCGGGCAAACUCCAUCGUGCACGAUAACGCGUCUUUUUAUGUGGUUGCAAAUAGGAGAAUAACCAUAUAUCUGUAUUUAUACCAAUCACACAGAAACUACAAAAUGAGUCGUUUCCUCAACCUGAGAAGUGGAAUCCAGGCACGAUACAGUUGAAAUAAUACCCAAACGUAACUAAUCAGGUUCUCCAUUUCGUCAUUUUGCCUUUUUAAAUUGCACCAGCCGACAACUGCAGUGCAAAAAACAACAGAAGCAAGAGCAGAUUUUGAGUUCUUGUCACUAACUGCUGAUUCCAGACUGUUGGAUUUCAAGAUUUUAUUUUAAGCAAACAGAAUUAAGACUUAAAAGACGAUAUAUAUGUGGAAACUUUAAGGGAGCGUCAUUCAGUUUGUUUACAAGUGGGCCUGGAAUAUAUCCAGUUUCAUGGUAACACUUAGCCUUUUGUUGUGUUUCAGUACUUCAGCGUCUACAGAAAAGCUCCUUCAGUGACGUGUGAGUGACCUAAAGAAUGAAACUAAGUAUUAUCUGCGACACUAAAACAUCUCCGAUAGAUUAUAGUCAUCUACCUUCAUGGAUUCUUCAAGAAUCUUUCUCUGCUGGCACUUCAAGUAGGAAAUUAGAGAUUUAAAUAUAAAACAAAGACCAUUUCAGGAGUAUCGAGCUGCUUUUUUUUUAAAUUCUUUCAAACGACCACAACGAUGUUUGUGGUCUGUUUCUGACAGAAGAUGAGUGAAGCUAGAACUCAACUUUUCAUUCUUUUACAUUUGCAUAAAUGUCAAAAAAGCGAGUUUGAGUUGUACAAACGUUUCUCUUGAUGUCGGAGCUGCUGUGGUCGAGUUAAACCACAGCGGACGGAGACAAAGACGUUUUAAAUGAGUCUCUUUGUUCUGGCUGAAUGAUGUCAGACUGAAACAGAGUAGGAGAGGCGAUGCUCUGCUGAUGCUUUGGUCUUAAAGAAAAGUCAGUCAAUGGUGAAAAAGGCCCAUCGCCAAGUUCCCAGAUGACCGCUCUGUAUCCCACCGAUGAGAUAUCAACAGAACGAUGAUGUGAAACUGAGAAAAGCGCCAAAUCCUCAUAUUUUGAGAAGCUGUAACCGGCAAAUGUUUAGUAUUUUAACUUGAUAAUUGACUUAAACAAUUAUCCAUUUAUCGGAAUUGUUUAGGAUUCAAUUAAUCAUCUUGUCUUUGCAUCCUCGGUGUUAAUUCGGUUCCACUUUCAAUGAGAGAAAUGCUCAGAAGCCGUGACUUGGGGAGUCUUGUAGGCAGCGUACAGCAGGUCACGUACAAAAAAAGUGCACUUUUCUUAAGUUUUUAACUAGAAACAAACGAUGUCCUUUUCCAGGUAAAUACUCUGAACACAUUUAUGUCAACUGAAAUAACUCAAACUUUUAUCUAUUUUCCUCAUAAUUAGUGUGAACUUAAGCAGGAAACAUUAGGAAAAAAACGCACAUGUAAAGAUUAAGUUUUGUAAAAUAUGCAAGUUUUAUAUUUAGAAAAUAAAAAUUGUUGAUCAGUUCCUUCUCUGCUCAAACCCCCAAAAAACCUGCUUGUUGGUUCCGUCGUCCGCGACUAAACUCAUCUGAAAAAUGACCAAAACUCCAGUGCAAAAAUUAGUAGUUUUUUUUUUCACUCUCAAAUUCUCACCUGAGCGGACGUUGACCGUGAGGUAAAGACCCGUCUGUCCUCGCGCCCGUCUGUCUCACGACUAUUAAAUGCACUUGCUUCUAGUUGGGAUGGGACUUGUAAUCCGAGGUGCCUGCCGGGACUUGACUUGCCUGUAGAUAGUCUUUUAUUUUGGCGGGGGGGGGGGGGGGCACUAGAAACCUUACUGGGAUUCGUUGUAUUAAAAAAGCUUCUGCUGAGUUCUUUGUGCAACCUGUCUGUUUGUGCCUUCUUUGAUAGUCUUGAUAUCCAAGAUUUGAUGUGCAGCUUUUGUUCAGUCGGGGAUCCGUUUGUAAUCGCAGUGAACGCUCUUAAAAAUGAUCACAAUCAAGUCUGGGGGGGGGGGGGGGGCCUUAUCUUUCAGUUAUGUAAAUUUUAUAGAGAUUUGUUUCCACGGCUGUGUGAUUUGUGACUGUAUUGAAAAGAUGAAAAGCAAACAUUUAUAUUUUUUGCGUUGCCCUUUUUUUCUUUUUUUUUGGGAUGUUUUGUGCAGAUAUUUUUAUUGUAAAAUGAAUGUUCUGUUUCUAUCGGACACUAAUCUUGUUUGAGUUGUCUCCAGUGGAACUACUUCACUCUGUAUGUUUUGAUCAGUAUAAACCUUUAAUUGUGUAGUAAACAAAAGAAGCUCCUUGUUUGGAUUUGAAAGGUUUGACCUGCCAGAGACAUUGUUGGAAUUGAUCGGUCAGUUUUAUUUUGCUGUCGUGUGAAGGAUUUGACUUGAACGAAGCAUUUCUUUGCUAUUAUUAAAGACUGACUGCCACUUUGACAAACCUGUUUUUUAAUGUUUGCUUUUUUUGUGAUUUUGCAACUCUGCCAUUUAAAUAGACGUUCAUUAAAAACACUGUAUUCACACCUC